CCCGACUGCUUUCUGGGGAACUGGAGUCUAAGGCCGCGAGUUGGUCCUAAUGGCAGGUGAAGAAAUAAAUGAAGACUAUCCAGUAGAAAUUCAUGAGUAUUUAUCAACAUUUGAGAAUUCCAUUGGUGCUGUGGAUGAGAUGCGGAAGACUAUGAUGUCUGUUUCUAGAAAUGAGUUAUUGCAUAAGUUGGACCCACUUGAACAAGCGAAAGUGGAUUUAGUUUCUGCCUACACAUUAAAUUCAAUGUUUUGGGUUUACUUAGCAACUCAAGGAGUUAAUCCUAAGGAACAUCCAGUAAAGCAGGAAUUGGAAAGAAUCAGAGUAUACAUGAACAGAGUCAAGGAAAUAACAGAUAAGAAAAAGGCUGGCAAGCUGGACAAAGGUGCAGCUGCAAGAUUUGUAAAAAAUGCCCUCUGGGAACCAAAACCGAAAAAUGCAUCGAAAGUUGUCAAUAAAGGAAAAAGUAAAAACUAACUUUUUGGUUUUCAUGUACAUAUAUUCAAAAAGUACAUCUUUUUUUUUGUUUU